CACACAGCUAAUAGUCAUUUAUGUCAUGUUGUUGCCCCCUGGCUACAGAAUAAAAACUAUGUGCUUAAAGAUGCACUGUGUAGAAAUCUCUCCGGCAUUUCCAUGUUGCUAAAAUUCUAAUAGUUUGACAAAUUUCAGUUUGUGACAUAAUAAAUAAGUAUAAUGUAGAGAUUCAUUCUACCAUCUAAACCACGGUGAAAUAUAUUUUCAACCAAAAAUAUUGUAUUUUCAGCUGUUUGAAGCUGGUGUACAAAACCGAAAGUAAAAGAUGCUAAAAUGAAACUUAAGAACGGAAACGUAAAACUGGUGCACAUAGAAUUGAUCUAACGCUUCUUAGACUUGCUUUCGAUGACAGAUCUAUAAUUCAUAUUUCUACGUGAAUUUGGUAUGUCGCCCAAUUAGUUACAUAUUGCCACUUUAAAAGAGUAACUUUCAUGAUUUACAUUUUUAUUUUAUUGAAAACCAGAUGUUGUAGGCUUAGUUAUAGAGAAACACGUCAAUUCUGGUCUUUAUUUUGACAGUUCAUUGCAAAACUGAUACAUUUUGGUAUUUGAGUAGUGCCUGAAGCGCAGCAGUUCCCAAACUAGGGGUUGCGGCCCCGUGUAGGGUCAGCUGAUAUGAAAAUGGGGUGGAGGGAGAAUUUCCAUAAUCCUGGUAAAAAAAAAUAAAUACAAAAUAUUAUAUUGUCUGUCUCUCAAAAUCAUUGUAAUGAGAUUAACCUUACAAAUCUAAAUGAAGAUUAGUAAAAUGUAAGAGUUUCAAUUCAACUACAGAGCGCCCUUGGAUCCUGGGAAAAGGCCACACUUGACCUUUCAACUUGAAUCAUUCCUACAGUGAAUGGCUAAGCAGCUACGGUAUGAAACCACAUACUAAUGCAGAGAUGUAAUAUUACAGGCCACCAUUGAUAUGAUAAAAAACAAUGUGUGGGGAGGCAGAGGCACAGCAAUUCACAUCUACACCUUUGUCAGAAAACACUGUGAAACUAAGAAUGUAUGCUAUAGCUAGCAUUCAAGAAGAAACUGACUGAAUGGCUCAAAAACAACCCACCUUGUGCUCUCCAAAUGGACGUUAGCUGUGAGGGCCGAGAUGCCCAUGCAUUGACUUUAGUUCGAUACUUCUCGGGGGAUGCUAUUUGUGAGGACAUAUUGUUCUGCCUCACGAUUACCGAGCAAGAAACGGUACAUGGGAUGUUCAGUGUGCUGCGUUAUUAUAUUGACGAAAAUAUUCAUGGGAUCGAAUGGUGGGCUUUUGCACAGAUGAGGCUCCAUCGAUCAUAGGACGGCAGGCAGGCCUCUGCACUCUAGUUAUGAAUGUGUGUCCCUCUGCCAUAUGGACACAUUGUAUGUAUGAUACACCCUCUGAGCUGUAAUGGGUUCACCGAGAGCAACUGGCGGCAAAAGAGCUGAGCGCAGAACUCGGAGAUACGCAGCAGGUAACAUCGAUUGUAAACUACAUCGCUAAACGUUUUGGAGAUAUGGGAUCAGAGCAGGACUGUUCUAUUUCACUUGUCUUGGUGGUUAUUGAGGUGAAGUGUUUAAAUAUUUUUUUGAAUUGAGAGAGGAACUGUGGUCAUUCACAAUGGAUGUAAAAAAAUAAAUAAAAAAAAACUGACUUUGUUGACUUUCUGUGUAAUUAAAAUAAAAUGUGUCUCCUUGCCUAUGUAACAGACAUAUUUUGUGAAACUGAACGCACUGAACGCAAGCAUGCAGGGGAAAUACGAAACAAUUCUACAGAUGAGUGACCGAAUCAGUGAAAUCCGUUUGACUGUGAUCCUGGCUCAGUUGACAUCCCGGUAAGUGGAAUCGAACAGCUGGUCGAGCUGUCACGUGGCCGAAUGCGUCAGGCCAUGCAUUCACGGGUCACUAUGGAGGAAAUUCGGUUCCUGACUCAAAGGGAAUACUGUGCCGUCUCCCUCCGAGCAUUACAAGGAAUGGUAUGCUGAUUCAGCGCUGUCUGCAUUAAAAACAAAUAUUGACCCAGGUUGGAUAUGACAGGAGAGAUGAGGUUCUCACUGUCGACCACGCCCCUGACUUUGUGAAGCUCCGUCGCAACAUCCAUCAAACCCCAUCUCAUCAGUGGUGGUGAAAUAAGAUUUUCAAUUGACUCUCGUAGCCUCACAUGAAACGUAUAUGAUGAAUGAAAAUAAGAUGUGCCCUGUUCCAUAAAUUGAGACAGAGGUGCUUCCUGUUGUCCCUGGCCCUGCUGCUGCUGUGUCUGCUGAAGUUGUUCUAUGCUAAAGUAUCUUUGAGGAACAGCUUCUACAUCGAACCCUAUGGAAUCACAGACCGCUCCUCACAGAACCCCAACCACCAGUACAACAUCAACUGCACUGCCAUCUACCAACUGGACCCUGUGGAGGUAGGGAAGUCCUUGGAGAUCAGACGCAAAGUCAUAGUGGACUUGGAGGAUGACCGCCUCGUGGCUUUAACCUCAGACUGUCAGAGGUACAUCGAGACGAGAGGAUAUGACGUCAUCCCAGUGUCGGAAGAGGAGCGGGGGUUCCCGCUGGCGUACUCCCUGGUGGUGCAUAAGAACGCUGCCAUGGUCGAGAGGAUCUUCAGGGCCACCUACGCCCCUCACAACCUCUACUGCAUUCACUAUGACCAGAAGUCCUCUCAGAGCUUCAUAGCAGCCAUGAGGAACCUGGCUCACUGCUUCCCUAACCUCUUCCUAGCCUCCAAGCUGGAGUCAGUGCAGUACGCCCACAUCACACGGCUUUACGCCGACCUCAACUGCCUCAACGACCUGUUAGAAAGGUCAGAGGUCAAGUGGAAGUAUGUCAUCAACCUCUGCGGCCAGGACUUCCCCCUCAGGUCGAACGGUGAGCUGGUGUCGGAGCUGCAGGCGCUGAACGGUGCCAACAUGCUGGAGACCUCCCGUCCCAGCGAGCUGAAGAAACAGCGCUUCCGUUUCCAGCACCAGCUGAAGGACGUGCCCUACGAGUACCGCCGCAUACCCGUCCGAACCACACAGGCCAAGGCGCCGCCGCCGCACGACAUUGAGAUGUUCAUCGGCAGCGCCUACUUCGUCUUGUCCCGUGACUUUGUCCUGUUCGUGGAAACCAGCCGGGUGGCGAGGGACUUCCUGGAAUGGUCAGCUGACACUUACUCUCCGGAUGAACACUUCUGGGCAACGUUGACGAGAAUCCCCGGUGUACCGGGAGAGAUCUCCCGGUCUGCCCCAGAUGUAACAGACUUGAAGAGUAAGACACGUCUGGUGAAAUGGAAUUAUCUGGAAGGGUCUCUGUACCCUCCCUGCACUGGGACUCACAUGAGGAGUGUCUGUAUAUAUGGGGCUGCAGAGCUGCGAUGGUUGCUGAACUAUGGCCACUGGUUCGCUAACAAGUUUGACCCCAAAGUUGACCCGGUACUAAUCAAGUGCUUAGAGGAGAAAUUGGAAGAGAAACGUAGGCAAUGGGGAAACACUGUGAAGAAUUGAAAAGGGGAAAAACAUCUGUGAAUGAAAUGGGAUGGGAGAAUCAGUUCAUUUGUUGGUUUAUAUGGAAGAUCUACCCAGUCUGCAGAUGAGGUACUCCAGAUCAACUAACUGCAAGGAAUAAGUCAAAUUCUGCAGUGGCAGGAUUUUCUUGUUUUACAAAAAAAUAACUUUUAUGUCUAUUGAAUACUAGUUGAACCCCGCUGAAAAUUAAAUGUUGAAGUUCAAAUGAACGGUUCGAAUAAAAGGCUUCGCCCAACAGCUCUUUAAUGAUGUCCAAGAUGGACGUUUCAGAGGAUAGUGAAACAAGACGAUCAAUGGCCAAAAUAUCUACACUGCUAGUUCUGUCACGGAUAUCGCAAAGAACUUGUCACAUGUUGCAAUAACACCUAAUGGAAUGUCUCAUCUUGAUACCAGAUCCAAUGAGAAAUGCAUGUAGAUUGAAUAGACUGACGGUCAUUUAUGUUAUUCUCUAGGAUGCUGUCACGUAGGUAAAAUGCUACACUCUUUACCAAACCAACCAUACCAAAGACACUCGACUGUAACAAAACGGCACAUCAAAGCUGGAUGUCAGGUUUUUAUACAUUUUCAUGGAAACACUUAUUUUUUGUAUUAGUAUUUUAGUAUUAAGAAUUAGUAUUUUAGUAUUAAGAAUUAGUAUUUAUCAUCUAAAUGAUAGUAUAUAUUUGUAGAGAAGGGAGUUUGAUACAGCAGUAAUGCAACAAGGUUUAUAUCUCUUAAUAAGUAUAAAUGAUUUGUUUCUUAAUACAUCUAUCACUUUGAAUAGUUUCUUAAGGCGUAAUUCAUGAAGUGGUUUUACUUGGUCAGUACAUCUUGUUCCCUACCCUAGCUCACUGUCUAUCCAUAAGUAGGCAUACACUAAGACCUAUAUAGGACCUGAAGUUUUAGGAAGUUUAAUGUGAUAAGUAGGCUUUGUACUGUAUUGAGGUAAGUUCAGUGUUGUGUUUUUGGGGUAGACACACCGUUUAUAUGCUUGUAAUCCCCUCACACUGCCUGCUGCAGUUGUACUUCUUGAUACAAACUGGUGUUUUAAUCUCCUCUGUGACGACGCCACAGCCCAGAGCUCUGAAGACUGAGGACUCUGCAGCACUAAUAUACAUCAACUCUGCAUUGGCCGGACGGGAGGAGACCAGCCACUACAGCUCAGGCUGCCUAGAGUCUGGUCUACACUCUGACUCCUGGCACAGUCCUCAGAGUGGAGUUAGAGAGGAGGGAGGGAGAGAUGGAGGGAGGGAUGGAUGGGAGGGGGGAUAGAGAGAGGGAGAGAAGAAGAAGGAGGAGAGGAGGGAGCCUCUCCUACCACUGGCAGCCAACAAAGUAAUGUCUCCCCUCCGGCCUGCAACAUUAAACAGAUGACACAACUCAGCCCUGCUGCUGUUACCAAGCCAAUGCUGAUGUAGUCGGAAAUGUGAUCAUUUGUGAUGUUAUGGAGCUCGUGAAUCUUAAUAUGCCAGGUUACCACAACAAAUAAUGUAGCAGAUAGCAGGACAAGAUGUUGGGUUUGUGUUGCAGACAGGUCUGGCUGACUGACUGGCU